AUGCAUCCACAGUUAGAAGCGGAACGUUUUCAUUCCUGUUUGGAUUUUAUAAAUGCACUUGAUAAAUGCCAUCAAAAAGAAUAUUAUAAGAGAAUUUUUGGACUUUGUAACAAUGAAAAGGACGCUCUGAACAAAUGUCUCAAGGAGGCAAGUCUAAACAACAAAAAACGAGCUGUUAUAGAAAGCAGAAUAAAGAGAGCUGAUGUAGAGAAAAAAUGGAGGAAAAUUGAAGAAGAAGAAUAUGGUGAAGAUGCAAUAUUGAGGACCAUCUUAGAUAGGCAAUAUGCCAAGCAAAAGGAAGCAAGUGACAAAAGUGCAGAUUCGAAAUAG